AUGCGUCGGGCAGAUGCGGAGGCACGUGUGGGCGGCGCGUGGGUGGGUGGCCUGGCUGGCGCCGGCGGUGACGUCUACUUUGACGCCGGCGACGGUCGCCGACGCGACCACGCUGUAAACCGACGACGCCGCCGCCGAGCAGCGUUCGAGAACAGCACGCAUUCUAUACAUCGUUCUGGACGAAGCACAUCGAAAUGCAUAAGCAAUAAGCGCUCAACUUCUCAACAUUGA